UCGAGCGUCGCCGUCGAGCAGACGACGGCGUCCGCGGUCUCCCGUGUGCGCGUAGAAGCGGCGGGGGGUAGCUGCGCGCGCAUGCGCGGAAGAGGCUCGGGCCCGCUGGCAUCGGCGGCGGGGAGGCUUGCCAAGAUGGCGGCCUGCGGAUCGGUGCGAGGUCGUCGCUGAGGCCGCGGUCAUGCGGGAGCCCUGGGUCCCGCGGCUGGGGCGCCCUUCGGUUGACCCACGAGCGUGCUGCGACACAGCGCCCACGAACUAUGCCCUUGGCGCCUAGACAUGGGACGGCACCUUGGGAAGCGCUUCUCGGGCGGCUCGUGCUCUGCGCCGCCCUGUGUGUGUGCCGCGGUAGCGGCAGCGGCAGCGGCGAGCUGCCUCCUCCGGCCGAGCCACCCGUGUCGUUCCCCCCGUUCCGGUCGUCGGCGCGCUGCAACGCUUCGUGUAGCGCUGGAGCGGCAGCCGCGGCCGCAUCGUGCGCGUCGCCGCCAGCUCGGCUGCCCUUCUGCACGCACCUGCCCAUGCGGCGGCUGCUGCUGGACGCCGGCUCGUGUCACGCCGACCGCCUCGACCGAGCGCUGCGCGCCGACCAGCUCGCCUGCCUGGUCGCCUGCGAGUUCCGCGCGCUCCUGAGCCGCUUUGACUGCCUCGGCGGCUACUCCGCCAAAUGGAACUGCCACACAUGUGCCGUGGUGUACCGCGAAUGGACUUGCGCCAUGCUGGUGCCCGUGUACGGUCCCGCGGCGGCCGAUGCCGGUCGCCGGAAGACCGUCGCCGGCGGGUCGCCAGCACAAGCAGCAGCGGCAACUACGGCCCCGCCGCCGACGGGGACGGCAGCGGCGGCGGCGGCGGCGGAAGGGAGCCUCGCCCCGCCGCCGCCGCCGCCGCCUGCACCGUCGCCGAUGAAGCCGUGCCGCGAGUUCUGCCACCGCGUCGAGGAGCAGUGCCCUUACUUCCACCCGGCUGCCAAGGAGCAGUACGCGGGGGAGCCCGUAUUCAUAUGCAUCGACCCCAACAUCCCGGACCUACCGUCAAUCAGCAACUCGUCGUACGGGCCGCCGGGGGACUGCUACGAGCCGUGCCACGUGAACGUGUCGUUCAUGGACGACCGGCCGUGCAGCCCGGACGGUUACGGCGACCAUUUCGCCACAGCCUUGGACUCUUCUUCGGUCUCGACCACGACGGUGGCCGCCGGCCCCACGGGGUCGGUAGCCGCCGCCGACGGUGUUGGUGGUGUUGGUGGGGCCAGUGGUGGGGGGCGGACGCAGCGACCGAGCUGUGCGCUCUCGGUGACCGCGGUGGUGACGGUGGUGACAGUGUGGUGGGCGGCGGGCCGGACCCGCGGCCGGCACAGAACACUCUGCUCAUAGCACCGGCUGCCGCCUUCCUCCUCUUCCUCCUCCGUGCCAGCAGACGACGACUGCCAGAGCGGCGACGACGCCACCGCCGCCGCCGCCAUCCGACCGCCGCAGCCGCCGACCCUCCUCGCGUAGGACGCCGGCCGCCGUGCCGGUGAGAUGCGCGCCGCCACCAACACAGACGGAGACGUCGGCGGCUGCCACCGCUGCUACAAGGGAGGGCCCUCUCCGGAACACGAGGGUCUUCGCGCGCAAGCACAAGAAAGACCGGCGCAGCGCAGCCCAGCCCCAGCGCCGCCUCCGGAUUCCCUCGAGGGCAGCCGCGGCAGCGGCGGUGGAAAGUGGUGGCUCGCCCACGGUGGACGACGUCCCCAUUCACCGAGCAACAGCAACAACGAGUCCGCCACCACGGCACACCGCCAUCCCCCCACCACGGAAGCGGUGCGCGGCAGCCUCUCCGGGUUUCCGGCACGCAAUCUCAAGCGCAACACGCACACACACACAAACACACUCGCGCGCGCACACACACUCGCACACUCACCGACACACGUAUGCGAGGGAGAAAAAGAAAGAACUCCAGCAGCCAGACGCAAAGAGAACCUCGUCCCCUCUCUGAGUGUUUCUACAGCGAGAAGGUGUUAGACAAUCGGCCCUCUGGCGCGAUGGGGACACGUGUUAGCAACUCACGCUCGUCCGAGACGAGAAGGCGAGCUCCGGUUGUCGAAUCUGCUGCCUCACGACCGUGUGCCCUGAUACUUUGGUGCUCUGAUUGCCUCUUCCAGAGAGUUGGCGAAAAAGCCGUAUUCGCGUGAUAACGAAACUUCACUUUGUAAUUCUCUUCUUUUCCCAACUUCAACCGGAGCUAUCUCGGCUGCAGAUGGGCAAAUGUGGGGUAAUCCGGCCCGAUAGCGGAAUCUCCCUGGCCGUCUAAUAAAUGCAAACGCAGUCAAAUGUUCAGUGCACCCCUACAGACUACUCGUAAGUGGCUAUGCAUUAGUUGCCACGAACUUUCGCUGCUCCGAGGCAUACCAGACAUUCAGUGAUAACUGUCGUUCUUGUUGCAAUUCGUGUCCCUAAAGCUAGAGAAACGCAUAUGACAUCCGUUCGGUUCGCUUGUUUCUACAUCUAAAUAAUAAAAAAGGAGCAGUUCACAAGUUUACAAGCGUGCCCAAACUUGCUUGCGGCUACCGCCGAAGAAUUCACCUGUUGUUGUUGCACCAGGCAAUGGUAUCGCAAAGCGAACUCAAAAGUGGGCAACAAAAGAAGUGUCGUUGAAAGUAAUUGGCAAGUACUACCCUGUAUGUGUAAGCAAGAUUUCGCGAGGCAAGCGAAAUGUUUCCACCUGAUAGUUUACUCAAGUUAAGCUUGCUGUCCCAUCUGAGUAUUACAAGUGCCCAAAAGAGCUUCGUGCUUUCAAGCGGUAUCAUGCGGAUGAAAAUAAGAGAAAUGAAGAAAAAGAAAAGAAUGCACCCAAGCGGGUCCACCUAUAGAUACUGUUGACUCCUCGACAGGGUUCUCUGGCGUCUGGCGCUAAGGCGCAGCAUAGAAAUAAAACAGGAUAUAUUUACGGCAAGAGGCCGGAUAAUCCAGCCUUUCGAGGGCACAACACUCCCACACACAGACAAACGGAGGCAUUUAACACCACACACACAAAACCAAGAACACGUCGAUGUAACAGCACACACCAAGCAGGGAAGAGAAAGAAAAAAAAGCUACUAAAACAAAAAUGAGAAGAAGAAGAAGUUGAAGAAGAAGAAGAAGAAGGCUUCUGCUACAACGACGGAGGAUACCACCCCCUUCGUGGAACAUUUCGUUUCUUCGACUAGUUCUUCGUCGUCUAGGUAUCGAGGUGGGCCAAUCCCAGUGCUUCCUUCGCGACGACGCCAACAACAUAAAAGCGCGCCGCACAACCACACCGCCGUGAAAAAAAAAAGAAAAUGGGAGAAAGAGAGAGAGAGGGAGAGAAAGAAAAUGUUGUGCCGGAGACCCGCGGGGAGAAGUAGCAGUGCCGACGCUGCCGCCGCAUCAAAACAGAAGACGACGAAGACAACCCGUGUGCCUCCACUCAGCCACCGUACGACGACAACAAAGAGAGAGCAACAUCGCCAAAAAAAAGGACACACAGUGCGGCAAGGAGACGCUGAUCGUAGCGUACAGAGACAGAGAGCCCGCCACUACUACACAGCCGAAAGAGGAAGAAGAAAAAAAAAGAAACACUUUGCACGAGCGCGAGAUGGCAGCGCCGCCUCCGCUUAAGGGCUCAAGACUCUUGUGUUUCCCAUCCCCCCACCGACCUCCUGGUUAUCGGGAGAGUGAGAGAGACAGCUUAUACGAUAUAUAUAUAUAUGUACAUGUAUAUGGUGUAUAUGUAUACAUACGUGUGCGCAAAGACGGGAGCAGGCUAUAGCAGCAGAAAACACCGACGAAUUCCAAAGCUAGGUCAACUCUUGCCAUUGUUGCUUCGUUUUUCGUUUUUUUUCGUUUUUGCAUUGCGCUGCACAGCCGACACACACAUACGUGACGGCGCAGUUGGGCACACAUACGCACGCGCGCACACACAAAGCGAAGCCUCGGCCAGCUGCUAGCGCGACGCCGCCUUGUGGCACACUCCCUCACUCCUAGCUGGUUCUCUACUAUACGCACACAACGGUACUUGUACGACCACGCAUGGCAGCACGUUUGCUUUGUCCCUAAAGUGACCACAAUUUCCAUUCGCAGCGCAAGGUACGCGACGAGUGUAGGUCGUCAAAGGAUAUAUAGCCGUGCCAUCGUAACCUAGAUUCGAAUUCAAAAGGCCGUUCGUGUGCAAAAUCGCUGUGUAAAAGCUGAUUGAAGCCAAUCUUGAUAGCGGGAAAGACAAGUACGAACGCGCUCGGCCAUUGCCAAGCAGUUAUGAACAGGACGGUGAAGCUGUAAACACUGGCCGUCUCCCAACGGGUGUCCUGGUAAGGACUUUUUUGAACUUCGGGUACUCUGGCACCGAGGCGUCUCACCUAACCAAACCGCUGCAGAAGAAGGUGCAGUCAAACUUCCGCAUAGUAGCAUUGCGUACAGUGAAUAUCCGCUUAUAGUGCAGUAAAUGUAACCCUUGGUUCCCAUAGUGUUUCUACGCUAUAUAUGAUGAGAGAAAUGGAUGCAGUGAGGUUCCGAUUCCAGCGAGCCAGUAACACCCAACACUAGCGACCUUAACAGAAUUAUAACACGUUAGAAACGCAAUCAAUGUUUUUGGCCAUUGUGUUACUAUCCGAGCCAACCGAACCUAAAGACCAUUAUUGGUUAUGAGUGCGGUGCGCGGAAAAGACACUUCAGUCUGAUAUUGGUCUACAUUUAUAGUUUGCGCGCUUACUCGUAUUUUCAACGCUUCGAAGCGAGGCUGUUGAGUGAGAUACUCCGGCUUAACUCCGCUUGUUAAGAAACAAUGCGGCAUAUAUUUAUGUUAUUCAUUACUGGUUUACGAUGUCGAUGUUUUGCCCCACUUCGAAUUUCAAUAUAGCUCGUACGCGCAGAGCCGAGUGAGCAAGAUUUCCCGUAUGCCUUCAUGCGAACGGCGCAGCCAACCCCCAGGAACACGUGCAUGGCUCGCCUGUUUUACGACACAGAAAACGUACAGGCCAUUCUCGCUACAACCCUACGGCCGGAUUUAAAUUGAUAGCUGCACGCGGUCAGCUUUCAGUAUCACGUUAAUUAUUGCGAAACGCGCAAUUGACUGGACAGUGACGCAACGUGGAGAAGCAAACUUUACAAAGACGGAAAUGACUGGAACGUAAACCUGCGGCGCUCAAGCGUCUGGGUCUCAGCUUGAAGCGCUAACGCCGAAGAUUACAUUACGCGAAAUGCUAGGCUUUAGGAGCGCUCAGUUUGAUGCUUUGACAGAGACCAUUGGAAAGCGUCUGCUUGCGCUAUGCGUUUCUGGGUGAUGCAUAAGCAAGGCUGAUUUCCGUAACAGGAAUAGCUUAAUUCUGGGCUUUUACCUGCCAAAACCACGAUUUGAUUAUGAGGCAAAAUUAAUUUUGACCACCAGAGGAUAUUUAACGUGCCCCAAUGCACAGAACACGGGCGCUUUUGAACUUUGCCCCGACCGAAAUGCGGCCGAGAUUUGACCCCGCGACACCGUGCUUAAAUGGUGGCUUAGCGGCUAU